CGUCGGAAUUCCGGUGCCCUCCCGCUUAGUUGGUUCAUAAGGAGGCCGUCCUCGAGCCCCAUCCUCUGGCCUCCCGUCACCUCCUCCUAAGCCAGCCAACAUGUCCUUGCUACGCACACUCAUCACCUGCUUGAACAUAGCCUGUCUCGUGUCGGCCAGCCCGAUAGGCGACGUCAGGCAUGGACUCGGCUGGCGAGCCGCCAGCAACUUGCAGCACGCACCCGUCACCCGACGCGACGACACAGUACGCUUCCCCGAUAUCGACGCUUCCUUCGUGGUAGGGUCGAGCGAGAGCAGGCUGGCCGACGGAGGAACUUACCCUCGUCUCGCUCGGCUCGACGACGGCGGCAUCCUCGCCAUCUCGACGCUAUGGGUCAGCGAAACCGAAAGGGCGCUGAAGAUCUCGCGGAGUAACGACGAGGGCAGGACCUUUUCUCCGAUCGGCGAGGUCGCCAGGGGCACGGGCAACGUCGAUAACGGGUUCCUCAUCCAGCUACCGUCCGGGACCGUGCUGGCCGCCUUCCGUAACCACGAUGUUAGCGACGACGGCAUCCUGACGUACUUCCGCAUCACCGUCUGCCACAGCCAGGACGGCGGGCGGUCGUGGACCUUCCUGUCGCAGGCGGCCGAGCAGCCCGCGCGGGGGGCCGGCUACAACGGGUUGUGGGAGCCGUUCGUGCGGAUCGCUCGAGAUGGCAGCAUCCAGUUGACGUACUCGGGAGAACUCAGCCAAUCCAACCAGGAGACGUUCCGUGUCGUGUCUCGCGACGAAGGGAGGACGUGGACGGCGCCAACCAACCUCAGGCUGCACGCCGAGGACCGGAAUUUCCGCGACGGCAUGCAGGGCAUCGUCUCCGUCCGAGAUGUCGAGAGUGACGAGGACGUAUUGGUCAUGGUGUUUGAGGUCCGGGAGCGCGACUUCUUCUACCUCGCAACCGUGACCUCCCACGACGACGGCAACACCUGGGGCUCUAGAGAGGUCAUCUAUCGCCCGAAUGGGCGCAACGCUGGCGCGCCCCAGAUCGCUUCUGUCGGCAAUCACCUGGCUGUCGUGUUUAUGACGGACGAGGACACCGCUGCUGGUGACAUAGCCUGGCCCAACAGAGCCGACAUCAAGAUGAUCUUUUCGACCGAGCUUCGAGACGGAACCCUUACGUGGUCCACGGAUUCGGCCUUACUUUCGGACUCAAGUUCUUAUUGGCCUGGCAUUUUUCAAUUGGGAACCGACGAUGUUAUUGCCGUCUACGAGCGAGCCAACGUGCCUCUUGGCAGGAGGAUAUCGUCGGCCUGAAUAGGAGGGAUAGGUCGAGAAUAAGCUUAAUAGGAUAAGAGCGUGGCGGAAUUCUCGAAAGACCCACGGGUCGGAGUAACGACUAAUACUGAAGAUAUCCCCUUAUUGUUUUUUGUUUAAUGUAUCCCUAGCACCGUGCAGGGAGAUCUCCAGACCUGGAUGUAUAUAAGCUACACCUGACACAGAUGGGAUGGCACUUAGCAUUGCGAUUUGGACAUUCGGAAUCACUUGGACGAAAUUGUAUCCAGUUGCUCGUCGUUCCUCGUCGUUCAUAUGGAUAGCCUUAAGCUGAUCACUCAGUGAUGUCUUUACUAAUCUUGUAUUUGGCGACUCGUAUCCGUAGCGUAGGGGUGUCACCAUAGCGUGAACAGCGUUGGGUUCCAUCCCAUCGCUAGC